CCUUUCCAUUUUUUUUUUUUUUCUUUUUUCUUUUUUCUUCAUUCAGACAAUGGCAGAGAAGAAACAAGUACACCUCGACGUUGAAGAGCAAAAUAGGCUUUUCCAAGAGGCAAAAAGCAAUUCACACGCUGAUCAGCAUGAAGAUUCAGGCGACGAAAGUGCGAACGAAAAUGGAGCAGUGCACCGUGGUAUUCCUGGCGGAGAAGAGCCUCAAACGCCCGAUGGAGAUUUCUUAUCAGAUUUCCCGGACGAUACUGAGGAACUAGAGUUAACGCAUCUUAGGAUCGAUGAUGUCCCAUCUUUACAUCUUGAACGUUUCAAGAACCUUCAGAGACUUUCAUUCAGACAGAACUUGAUCCCCAAGAUUAAAGGCUUCGAAACGCUCACAUCACUCCAAGAAUUGGAUCUAUAUGAUAACCGCUUCAGUAAAAUCGAAGGACUCGAAAAUUUGACAGAGUUGACAUCCUUGGACUUGAGUUUCAACGGUAUCCGGCAUAUUAACAAUGUCGAUCAUCUAGUCAAACUCACGGACUUGUAUUUCGUCAGCAACAAAAUUACUGUCAUUGAGAACUUGAGUACAUUGGUGAACAUCACGAACCUUGAGCUAGGUUCCAACCGCAUCAGAAAAAUCGAGAACCUUGACAGUCUGGUGAAUUUGGAGCAGCUGUGGCUCGGAAAAAAUAAAAUUACCAAACUACAGAAUCUAUCAAACCUCAAGAAACUCAAGAUCCUCAGCAUUCAAUCAAACAGAUUAACCGCAAUUGAAGGACUCGAAGAACUGGAGAAUCUUGAGGAAAUCUAUCUAAGCCAUAAUGGCAUAUCGAAGAUUGAAGGGUUCGAAAAAAAUACCAAAUUGACCACGAUUGACAUCAGCAACAAUAGAGUCUCGAAGCUUGAAAACCUUGGCCAUUUGAAAGAGUUGCAAGAAUUCUGGGCGAGCAAUAAUCUUCUCGAUUCCUUUGAGGACUUUGAGUCAGAAUUGAAGGACAAUUGUCCUAAGCUCGAGACUGUGUACGCAGAAGGAAACCCUCUUCAAACCAACAACUACACAACAUAUCGACUCAAGAUGAAGAUCAUGUUGCCUCAGCUUAAGCAGAUCGAUGCCCAGUAUGUCCGACCAUAAAGUCUUCUGAUAAUCAAU